AAAAACAAGAACAGUAUCACAUCUUGGCAACUUUGAAGUGGAAUGCGAAGAACUACAACUUGCAGAAGGCAGUUGACUGCAAGCUGUUCGCAGCGGUCACCACUAGCCGGAGUGCACUGUCACGCCCGCGAUCACGCAUCGGUUGCAGAUCCCGCGUCCUAUCCAAGGUAUUUUUCUGGUCGUACUUUUCGCCAGAAUUGGUGGCAAAUUCGCGACGAGAGGAACGUCUCCCACAUCAUUUUCGCUGAUCAACAGCUCUCUGACGAAGCUAUCACAAGCACCACGUCAAAUUCGUCGACAUGCCGUCCUUGCCGAUAUUCCAGGCUUUCCUGGUCUUCGUCGUGGCUAUCAGUGUACUGCAUGCAGCUGCAGCUGAAGACAUCCAGCUAAGCGAAGCUCUCGGUGGGUCUAAUGGAGUCGCGUUCUCAGAUAUCAACUCGGUCAAGUUUGGGCAAGUGGCGAGCUCUCUCACAAUCCGUGCCGGCGACCGGGUUGACGCAGUGACGCUCCAAGUUGCAAGUCCCUCUGAGUUGACGCUAAACCAUGGCGGUUCAGGAGGAACAGACAAUACACUUACACUUGAAGACGGCGAGUAUGUCACCUCAAUGGAGAUCCAUUGGGCCAAGAAGGGGACGAGCACGAGAGUUUUCUAUCUUAAAUUUGUCACUAGUGAAGAUAAUUCAGUCUCUGGGGGAACCACAACCGAAAACAACACAACUGUGGUUGCACCCGAAGGUUUCCAACUCAGCGGAUUCUUUGGUCGGGCUGAAGGUGCAAUCGACCAAUUGGGGGUUAUCUGGACGAGAAUUGAUGCUAAACCUACAGCGCUUACGGAUAGCAUGGGCUCCGACUGGUACGGCAACAGAAUCCGGAACUGGGUAGGCCCCACAAUUGGCGAAGCUAGUGACAGUGCGUGCUACAGGAAGACUGAACCUUUUGACAGUGAGAAAACCUGUCCACUGGGUUAUGCAAAGGACAAAAGCAACUGCAUCACUCAAUGUCCAAUGUCAUACCCCGUGGUGUGUUAUCUGGAAUGUAUCCCGCAAAAUGACGAUUGUUCACUCGAGAUUUUCACGAAAGCUGCUUCAGUAGUCGCGGCGGUGUUCAAUACUGCGACUGCAGGAGUAUUCAACGCCAUUUUCUCCCAGUACAAGAGCGCUAAGCAGAAUUUCCUGUGCGCAUCGAAUAUCAUUGGCGUUUUGAAGUCUCUGAUCUACUACCUUCGCUACACUCAAACAACAGCGCCCGCGGGAGAUGUCGAGGAAAUGUUGGCAGUAGCUUACCAAUCGGAUGUGGUGCUCUUCGAUCUGCCGAUUACUGUGUGCAAUUGCCUUGGCAUUCCAGUCCCAGCAAGUGUCAAGUUCUCCGACACUGUUCUUACCAUUGUGGAGACUAUCGUGAAGCAAGCUAUCACCAACGGAGACCAAAUUUUGUCUUCAGCUACAAACGUCUUGGCUCUUCUUACAAACACAAGAGUGACAAAUUCCACAGCGUCAACGACAGUUGAAGAACUACAAGAUCUCAUCGAUUCCAACUCGACUUGCGGUUAUCAACUCAAGAACUUGACAGACCACGUUAUUUUCUCAGUUAACGAGAUUCGCAACGCAACGCCAAGCAUUACUGCCAAUGAUAUCCGCGUCGUCAUCAGCAAGUCUUCGAUUGUGUUAAACGACAUUCCGACAGCUACCAACAACUGUAUGGGCGAAUUGCUGUCCACCAAGACUUCAAAAACGGCGUUCCAGACGCGAGAUUUGCUUCGGAAAACUUUCGGAGUUAUUAUCGAUCAGCUCAUAGAGACAACUACGACUGACUUGGGAGCUUCCGUUAAGGAGAGUGACUACAUGGUGGAGGUGGCAAACAUGGGACUUACCGUUCUAGGUGGACUGGACCCUACCGGUAUUGCCUAUAUGGCGUCUCAAUUCGUGCAGCCAACUUGUGGCCCGACUUCUUUUAUUGGUGACAUUGACGACGGGACGCUGUACGACGCGCUAGGACUGUCGACAGUGGAUGAAGCGUUCGAAGGCAGCUACGGAACAUGGACAAAGGAAGGUGAUGGUGUCAUGAACCUUAUCUUCGAGAGCACAGAUACCAAGGAUGUUACAGUUGUCAUUCACUCGGGAGGUGACAAAUUUGCCAAUGUAGAGGUGAAUGCAGGCGAGAAUGUGACGUGGAAAUCGACGCUUUCGGCGUUACAAGGCACAGUCUUGUACCUGGAUCGCUGGCGAUCGAAUACUAUUGGGAUUCCUGGAUCAGGAGGUGGAUCAUUAGUACUUUGGAUCCCCCAUGCAUCUCAGGGCGGACACUUGACCAUGCACGUCCGUAUCAAUGCAGCUAGUCACAAUUAGUGACUCACAAUGUCGAUAUACCCUUACUCGGCCUAAUUUAGCAGAGUAAUUUUCGUUUUCUGAGUAACUUUUGAGUUGUUUCGCGAAAAUUAACAACGAAAGUAAAAC